ACUGCGCUCAAUUCACAUUGUUGUAUUUUUAGCCGUUGCAUACAGAUAACUAUAUUUGUACACUUGAGACAUAUUGGGUUAUGACCUUGUUUACAUUAGGAUAAAAGUUCACUCAUAACUUGAAUCCAUGAUGGACCCAAAAUCACGUGCAGACGGAGACUUACAACUGGCCAUCUAUCCUUUCAUUGAGUAUGAAGAAUCAACAUAUUUUGCAUGGCCUUGCUUGAAGGAAAAUCCCAAAAAACAGUUCCAGGACAUAAAGGAAUUUCCUUCCAGGGAUGAUGACAUUUUAAUAUGCACGGCGCCGAAAACAGGUACACAUUGGGUUCAUGAGAUUAUAUGCAUGCUAGUAGACCACACGACAGAAUAUAACAGUAGGGCCGCUACACUGAAAAUCCAUUUAGAUUUUAUGACCGACUUUCAAUUAUUGGAGGCUGAAAAUAGGCGAAGAAUUCUACAUUCACAUCUUCCUUGGAGCUUUUUGCCGUCAAAGCAUAUAGACAAAAAGGCUAAAGUCGUGUAUGUGAACAGAAAUCCUAAGGAUAGACACGUUUCUCAGUACAAUUUUUUGAAAGAGUUGAAUGGUGUUCCUCCAAAUUGGACAUGGAAGCAGUAUUAUGAAGAUGUGGUUAUCAAUGAUACAUUGUUAACUGGUUGGUUCAAUUACACGAAAGAAAUGACAAAUGCUGCAAGAAAUAACAAGAAUGUGCAUGGUGUGCUGUUUGAAGAUUUGAAAUUGCGCCCGAUUGAAACAAUCAAACAACUUGCUGAGUUCCUGGAAGUUCCCUUUGACGAUCAGUUUAUAGCAGAAGUUGCCGAUAAAAAUGUCUUUCAAAAGUUAAAAGAUCAUAAACAGGAUGCUACAGUUGCAAUAUCAAGGGAUUAUAAGUCAGUGUUGUUUAGAAAAGGGGAAAUUGGAGACUGGAAGAACUGGUUUUCGGUCUCGCAAAAUGAACAAUUUGAUGUAAUGUACAGAAAAGAAAUGGAGGGUGUUGAAGUAGACUUCACAUACGAAAUACAGUAGAUACUGUAUCGAUAUUGCAUUAAAAUUUUGUAUUAAUCAAAUAUUAAAAGACGAAUUCGACGGAGCCACAUGAACUAGAAAUUAUUUCAACAUAACAAUGUCUGAAAGUUUUAUAAAUGUACGAAUUCACCAUAAAUGCAUUCACCUAAUCACUUACAACCCUGGUUGGUAUAAUCGUUCACACACAACCACACAACAACUGAUACCCGAUCUCUAGAAGUGCAACCCUAGUUUAACAUUAUUACAUAAUUGAAUGACAAAUGUUAUUCCCGGGGACAUUGCCACUGGGGAUUAUGGUAACCUAAAAGACUGAUAGUCCACCAGCGGCGCUGUAUUUUGAUAUAAUGCUAUUCAUUCUAUUGAAAGGUAUUUCCGUCGCUUAUUGGAGUUCAUUGGGCACAUAUUUUACAUAUGAUAAAGAAGGUAUUUCAAAAAUAAGUAUGUUAGCGACUACUCAUGUUGGAAUGCCUAAAUGUGAAACGUUUAAUAGUAUAAAUUCAAAUGACUCUAUCAAUACAGCCGAAGUCGAUUAAGGUCAACUUUGCCAACGAAAGAUGCAGUCAUAGUUUUAAAAGAGUAACAAAAUAGUCCUGGAAGUAUAUACAGAUAAAAAUGUAAAAACAUUACAAAAUCUAAAUAUUAAAGUACUGAUUUUACAUGU